AUGUUUUGGCUCAAGUCUUGCUCAAGUCUUGCUGUCAUUGUGAUCAUGUUAAUAAAAGAUUCGGAUGGAAAUGCAGAACCCGGUGCAGUUUGCAACUUCUUCUGGAAGCCAUUGAAGAAGCAAAACAUUAGAAAGCGAAGGGUUGAUGAAGAUGAGGAGGAAGACUCCUCAAAAUCUGGGGGUACAUCAUUACCAAGUCAAAGAAAAGCCUCAAAGCUUGAUGGCAAGCUGUAUUUUUCUAGUGGACUCUCUAAGAGCUCUACGCCUGAUAGCAGUGCAAUAUUUGAGUUCAAGUCUUCAAAAGAAAUCCAAGUUGAACAUGAUAGUAAAGCAACUGCGACUUUGGAGAUUGAGACUGAGUUCUCUAGAGAUGCCCGAGCAGUUCGUGAGAGAGUUCUUAAGCUGGCAGAGGAGGCUUUGAAGGGGAAGAGCAAAGGUAUUGGAGACGAAAAGUUGUAUAAAGGGAUCCAUGGAUAUACUGAUUACAAGGCUGGGUUCCGAAGAGAGCUAACAGUGGCCAGUGAGAAAGCGGGAGGUUCCCAUGGGCCUCUCAGGGCUUCUGCUCACAUCAGAGUUACCACAAGAUUUGAUUAUCAGCCAGACAUAUGUAAGGAUUACAAAGAGACUGGUUAUUGUGGGUAUGGAGAUUCUUGCAAGUUUAUGCAUGAUCGUGGAGACUACAAGUCUGGGUGGCAGAUGGAAAGGGAGUGGGACGAAGCAGAGAAAAUAAGGAAGAGAAAUUUAGCUUUGGGUGAGGAUGAUGUGGACCAGACAGAGGAAGAUGAUGACGAUGAUGAUGAGGAUGGCUCGUUACCGUUUGCAUGUUUCAUCUGCCGGCAACCAUUUGUUGAUCCUGUUGUGACUAAAUGCAACCACUACUUCUGCGAGCACUGUGCACUAAAGCAUCAUUCAAAGAACAAGAAGUGCUUUGUGUGCGACAAGCCUACUCUUGGCAUAUUCAAUACGGCUCAUGAGAUACGCAGAAGGAUGGCUGCAGAGGACAAAUAACUUCCACUACAUUCACUUAUUGAACUCUUUGCUUUCAAGGCAUGUGAGCAGGAACAUUUCCCCACUCCAUGGCCAAGUUUUGAAGAGAAAGUGUGAACAGAGAGAGGAUGGUGAUAGUGAUUGAUAGUAUGCGGUUUGGUAUACGAUAAGGAAGGUAUACCUUACUAUGGCAUACUUUAUGGGUAUAUAAUACAGCACAUUUUGAUACCCUUUUGGAGCUGGAAGGCUUGGCUAAUAGAGAAAAUGAUGUCGUUUAGUUAGGAACUGCAAUUGUCAAAGUUUGGAGGUAAAUUUUUUGGGCAUGGGUCCUUUUGUCUGAAGCCUGCAAUUGAAUUUGGGAACAUAUGCAGUGUGAGAAUUAAAUUUAGAAUAGUGGGAAUGGUUGUAGGGCCUUUUGAAGAUUUCUUAAAAGGAUUGAUCUUUGAGUGUUUCCAAGCUUGAAUGGGGAAAAGAAAAUUUCCUUUUUCAUGUUUUGUGAAGAGAUGGAAUUUUGGCUACAUGCUGAGUGAUUGAGAAUUUCCUACAAAUCCCCCAAUAUGCGAGUGUGGGUGGUUGUUCAUAAGUGCCUGGAUUUCGCAUUAUGGUACCAAUCUGAAAUGAGAAGUUUGGCGGAAAUCUGUUGCCUUUUAUUACAUUUCUUACACAUUUCUUUCCAUAUAAAUUUGCGUACUGAAAUCCUGUGGUGGUAUCCAACAUUUCUCCCAUGUUGAUUAGUGGAAACUAGUUUACUGGAUUGGUAAGUGUAAUUGCCAAUGAAUUUGUACUGAAGCUGGCCCUUCAAUGCCCUUGCAAUUCUCCUACUCUU